AUGGAGGUGUAUGUCAAUGACAUGCUAGUCAAGAGUGUCACAGUUGAUCAUCGCAUUCAAGACGUAGCUGAAACUUUCGAGGUAUUAAAGAGAUAUAAGAUGAGGCUUAAUCCUGCCAAGUGCGCCUUCGGGGACCUUAGAAGAAGUGCAAAGCCUAACAGGCCAUGUGGCUGCACUAAAUUGAUUCAUAUCCCGAGCUACAGAUCGUUGUCAACCAUUCUUCCAAGCUAUAAAGGGGAGGACAAAAUCAUUGAUUGGACCCCUGAGUGUGAGCAUGCUUUUCAAGAGUUAAAGGAGUACAUGGGAAAACCCCCUCUUUUGUCCAAGCCUAAACAUGAUGAAGAUCUGUUAUUGUACCUAUCUGUGUCCUCCAUGGCGAUAAGCUCGGUGCUCAUCAGAGAGGUAGGCAAGGUUCAACACCCCGUGUACUAUAUAAGCCGAGCUCUCCAAGAUGUUGAAAGGAGCCACUCAUUAAGGCAGAUCUUGCAAAAGCCUGAGACCUCAGGUCGACUCAUCAAAUGGUCAAUUGAACAAGGUGAAUUUGGUAUCAUAUACUGCUCACGAGAAGCAAUCAAAGCUCAAGCUGUGGCUGAUUUUCUUUCUGAGUUCACCAAUGUACAACCACCACCAUUGCCGAUCAGUCAACCUGAGAUGAGCAUGGAGAAGAAGAUACGAACUAAACUUCCACUUUGGAUUCUACAUGUUGAUGGUGCCUCAAAUCAACAAGGAAGUGGGGCAGGGUUAGUAUUAACCUUACCUGAAGACGAUGAGACCCAGUAUGCCUUAUGGUUUGGGUUCAAGGCCUCGAAUAAUGAAGCUGGGUAUGAAGCACUCCUUGCAGGACUUUGCCUGGCCUUUGAGCUCGGGGUUAAACAGCUUAGCAUUUUCAGUGGUUCCCAAUUAGCAGUAAAUCAUGUUACUGAAGAAUACCAAGCUUGA